CAAAAGACACAAGACACCAAAAGUUGGUCGAACCUUAUCAAAGGUACUCCGACUCCAAGCAGACUUUUCUUUCUCUCAACACCAAAGCCACUGUCAACGGCCUCAGUGAGCAAGAGUAACAAUGAGAAUCGCUCUCCUUAUCGUCCUGGCGACGAGCUUCCUAUUCCUGCUGACGUCGGCUGUCCCCGUUGGCCCCAGCCACGACCACCCUGGAGCUAGCUUCGACCAUUCUGACACCAGCUCCGACCAUUCUGACACCAGUUCCGACCAUUCUGACAGUAGCUCCGGCCAUUCUGACAGCAGCUUCGACCAUUCUGACACCGGCUCCGACUACUAUGAGACCAUCCCCUAUGCCUGGGACACCCGUUUGGACACGCUGAACUCCUUAAAUGACGAUUUGCAACAAGACUACGGCCAACUUUUCAAUGAUCUAAGGCGCAAGCACUACUUUGCACUUAGGAUCAUGUGGCACCAUUUCUACGAGUAUGAGGACUGCGUGAAACAGGAGGCACCUAAUGAAGCAGGCGAGGAGCGCACAAAGAGCGAAAAAGCUUACCAGAAAGUAGAACGUUUCCGCAAGAAGCUUUAUGCAGAAGCUAAGAGGUUGUUCGUGGAGCUCUCGCAGCAAUGCAAGUCGGCGACAAGCAGUGCGGAGAGACAGAGCCUUGGGAUCAGAAAGCGUAUCAUUGGAUGGCAAGUGUUUUUCCACGAGCGCAAGGAGUAUAAUCCCUUCGCUUAGAUUGAUCAAAGUCGCGUCACACACUUGGCUACUGCCAUAACACGACGAUCUGCUUGUAAGCGAGUGAACAUGAAGAGACCG